AUGUUCAGGAUAAAGCUUACUCAAAUUGCAUAUAGGUCAAGGCUACGAUUAUGGCCACCAACUCCCAUGGCAUCAGCUUAUAAAAUGGUGAAAGGUGAAGGAAUUCUAGUAUAUAGAGCUGCAAAGCUAAAUGGAGUUCCUCUUACUACUUUGAGAGACCGGGUUGAUAAUAGAAUUUCAAUUGAUUGUGUAAAAUCAGGACCCUGCCCUAUGCUUUCUUUAGAUGAAGAAGCUAAAUUGUGUGAACACUUAAAAGACAUUGCUUCAGUUGGAUAUGGUUUCACGAGGGCUGAAGUGGUCAAUUUAGCCUCUGAUUAUGCUGUUUCCUUAGGCAAGAGGAAAGAUGAUCAGCCAUUUAGUCUUAAUUGGUUCUAUAACUUCAUAAAAAGGUGGCCAGAACUUAAUGUUGUCCGUCCUUUAAGUCUGUCUGAGCAACGUGCUAAAUGUGCCAGUGAAGAAUCUGUAACUAAGAACUUUAAUGAAUUCGAAAGAAUUUUACGUAAAUAUGAUUUAUUUGACAAACCACACCUUAUCUAUAAUAUUGAUGAAAAGGGAAUUAAUAUGAAUAUAAACCUCUAUUGUUGUAAGUGA